CGCCCAGUCAGGCAGCAUGGCGGCCGUGGAGACGCGGGUGUGCGAGACGGACGGCUGUAGCCGCGAGGCCAAGCUCCAGUGCCCCACCUGCAUCAAGCUGGGCAUCCAGGGCUCGUACUUCUGCUCUCAGCAGGCUUUUAAGUGAUGCCAUUGAAAGUACAUGAGGAUUUUGGUGAAGACUAAAUGCUAAGUGUAUGUAAAUCAACCAAAUCAAAGUUUUUGUUCAGAAGUUGUAUAUUGGCAAAUCCAACCCAUAUUUGCUCUCAUACUGUUUCAUAUGCUUAAGAAGGAAUGUUUUAAAGGAAGCUGGGCUACUCACAAGUUACUACAUAAGAAAGCAAAAGAUGAAAAGGCAAAGCGGGAAGUAUCUCCCUGGACUGUAGAAGGUGAUAUUAACACGGACCCUUGGGCUGGGUACCGCUAUACUGGUAAACUCAGACCACAUUAUCCACUGAUGCCAACCAGGCCAGUGCCAAGUUAUAUUCAAAGACCGGACUAUGCGGACCACCCCCUAGGAAUGUCUGAAUCUGAACAGGCUCUUAAAGGUACUUCUCAGAUUAAAUUACUCUCCUCCGAAGAUAUAGAAGGGAUGAGACUUGUAUGUAGGCUUGCUAGAGAAGUCCUGGACAUUGCUGCUGGGAUGAUUAAACCUGGUGUCACUACUGAAGAAAUAGAUCAUGCUGUGCACUUAGCAUGCAUUGCACGAAACUGCUAUCCUUCUCCCCUGAAUUAUUAUAAUUUCCCAAAGUCUUGUUGCACUUCAGUGAAUGAAGUGAUCUGCCACGGAAUCCCAGACAGACGGCCCUUGCAAGAAGGUGACAUUGUGAAUGUGGACAUCACUUUGUACCGCAAUGGUUAUCAUGGGGACUUGAAUGAGACGUUUUUUGUUGGCGAUGUGGAUGAGGGCGCACGGAGACUGGUGCAGACCACCUACGAGUGCCUGAUGCAGGCCAUUGAUGCAGUGAAGCCUGGUGUUCGAUACAGAGAGCUGGGGAACAUCAUUCAGAAGCAUGCCCAAGCAAAUGGGUUUUCAGUCGUACGAAGCUACUGCGGGCAUGGAAUCCACAAGCUUUUCCAUACAGCUCCCAAUGUACCACACUAUGCCAAAAAUAAAGCGGUUGGAGUGAUGAAGGCGGGCCACGUAUUUACAAUUGAGCCAAUGAUUUGUGAAGGUGGCUGGCAGGAUGAGACCUGGCCAGAUGGCUGGACGGCGGUGACCCGGGACGGGAAGCGGUCUGCUCAGUUUGAGCACACCCUGCUGGUCACAGACAAUGGCUGUGAGAUCCUCACACGGCGCCUCGACUGCACACGGCCCCACUUCAUGGCCUAGUUUACUUUCUGACACGGCACGUCUCCGUGAUGCCUUCUGCUGUCCCAUGCAUUUUACUGAGAGUGCAGCGUGGACCAGGACAUUUUUAUUACUUGUUUUGUUUUGACUAUAGAUAAGGAAGGCCUGCAGCAUUUAUGUGUGUCCUCGAGUCUGAAAAGCCGAGAAGAAUCAAGAAAACAUUUCUCCUCUCCUCCAGUGCUCCCUUCUCCCCCAGAUCUCUGCAUCCUGUUUCUCCUUUGAGCACUUUUACUUAACCCGCUUCUAGUUGCUUUUAUCACUGCCACAGCUGUACAUCAGGAGCCAGUGACUUUCCGGGUGAAUGCUGAAGAUGAGAAUCUUUGAAACUUAGCAACAUUUGUUGCUGCAAAUUUUUUAAAAAUUAUAUAUGUACGGAAAUAGAUCUGUAUACAUUUUAAAUUCUACAUGUGUAAUUAUUGAACACUCUGUGACCUAGGUUUUUUUGUGUUGAUUCUGCUCAGAAUGGUCCUCUGGUUCCCUGCAGGGACCAUCGUUUACGGAGCGCUCCCGGUUUAGAAAUGGCCUUCCUCCUUUCCCCUGCUAAAUAUUUACUCACAGAACUUUGCACAAGAUAGUACGUGGUUAGUGAGACGUUCUCUCGGUGUGGACUUUGUGUUAGUGAAUGGUUGUGGCAGAAUUCACUCUGGAAAGGCUGUUCUUUUAAAAAAUCAUUUAAUUUAUGGCAAAAAUAACAGCCAGGCUCCAUGUGAUGCCUGACUGUUGCAGAGCUUGAAGAUUAUGAUGCAUUUCUAUUUCAGACCUCGAGUUGGAGUGGAGGGCAAAGCUCCCUUUCUUCCUUCUGUAUUUUUUUUUCACCCGCAGAUUGGGAGAGAUGCAGAGAAAGGGGUGGCGUUUGCAUUGGGGUGGGUUCUAGGGAAAGCAUUUUCAACCUCUCUUGCAGUGAGCAGUGAGUAGGUGGUUGGUCGACUCUAACAAGAGUAAAUGUGAUAGUGACGACAGGGACGUCUUUUCCCUCGUGGGGGCUGGGGCCCACACUUCGGUGACCAUUACACAGCUGGGAACUUCACUGGCAAUAAUCCCACUACCCCAUAUAUGUUCUUCUCAGUAGUUCAGUCCAAAGAGAAGUAUGUACCCAGGGAAGUCAUCAGUCUUGUCAUCCGAGUACCUGAUUCCUGGGUAUGACCAUGACAUACCAAGAUAACAUCUAUCCCAGAGUGCCUCAGACCUUAAAAAGAAUUAUGAUGUUUUCAUUACUUUUAUUAUUUUAAUGAUUAGUAAAGUGACUGAAUCUGGCAGACUUUUGGGGGUGUGUGUUUUUAUCAAACUGUAAUAUUUGUGUAUGGAAUGCUUUGCAAGAUGAAUGUUAAUAUAAUGUGUAAAGGGCGAUUAAAAGUUUGAAUGAUAACUGUACCACGUAUUCAUUAAUUUUGCAUCAUUUGAGAUUUCGGAGGUAGUUGAUUUCAUAAUCUAAAAUAAACUUAUGACCAUUUGAGUAAAAA